AGGUGCAGCAGGUGCCAAACACAAAGGCAGAUAGCAUGAACACUGUGAAUAUGUGAAAGCAGGGUUUAAAGAGCCAAACCUCCUUUGAAAAACUACUGGGACCAGCAAGGUGAAAUCAUGCUUGCUUGAUUUCUGCCACAACAGCUCUGUGAAUUAGCAAUAAGCUCACUAAGCAGGAUCCAGCGAUAAAGUGCACACCUGUAAUAACUGCAUGGGGUGCAAUGGGAAGAUGACCAAAUGUUUGUGUAUAAUUCUAGCUGCUAUAUCUAAUGGAUUAUACAAAGCAAUCAUUUGUGUUUAUGCUGCUACUAAGGCUGCUGUCCUGCACAGGCAGAGCUGAGCAGCUAAACAGGACUCAUCCUAGUCAGUUUAAGUGGCAAAUUUCUACAAACACACUUUUAUAGUUGGUUAUGCCUGCCACAGCCUCAUCAAAUGUUAGCAAUCACAAUUUCAGCUGCUUCCUCUGAUACGACUUUGAGCUGUUUAAGGUAUCUGAUGAUCAUUUGUGCCUGGAGCCAUGGUGAAAUGAUUCACCAAUCACUGCAUUAUUUAAUCUCAGGGCAUUUUUGCUAGAGGCAUUCAAUGGGUAGAACAUCUCUCUUUCCUCUUGAGAUUAGAAAUGAUGUGAAAUACACAUGAGUUAAUACCUUUUUAGCUUUAAAUCCGUUUGCCUUGGCUUUCUAGAGAUUUGCUUCAGGGGUGGAGAAUGUUUCCAGGUGAGCCUCAUUGGGUUCAGCUAGUUGUGACAGAGGCAGCUCAUUUGGGGGUGGGUGGGAUGGAGAAUGGUGAAGAGAGGAUAAAAGGCUUUGAAAGGCUUUCUGGAGUCCUUUCUGUUGGGAAAACUUUUCAGUCUUCUGUUUUAACAGGCAAAAACAAUUAGCGACACACUGCCUGCCUGUUGUUUUCUCCACCUUAUUAUGCCAUCACCCAUUCCUCUUAAUUGUUUUCUCCAUUUUGAAUUUUCCCCAUCUGCGGACUUGCGACCCUGCAGCAGCCCCUUAGUUAUCCCUGGCAAAGACAGCAAGAGCUCUCUGGGAGGAACUCCGCCUACCAAGACCCACCGCUUGCCUCCACGCUUGGCCUGGUGCUCCAUUGACUGGGAUCAGCUCUGCCUCCUGCAGCCUCUUGGCUCUGGGGGCUUUGGUUCUGUCUACAAAGCCACCUACCAUGGUGCCACUGUGGCUGUGAAGCAGGUGAAGAAGAGCAGCAAAAACCGGCUGGCAUCACGGCAGAGCUUCUGGGCUGAGCUGAACGUAGCCUGGCUACAACACAAUAAUGUGGUACGUGUGGUGGCUGCCAGCACGUGUGCCCCAGCCAGCCAGAACAGCCUGGGCACCAUCAUUAUGGAGUACGUGGGCAACAUCACCCUGCACCAUGUAAUCUAUGGCACUGGAGGUGUGUGGAGAGAGGGUGAAGAUGAUGAAGGAGGAUGUGGAGGGAAGGCCCUGAGCAUGGAGGAGACUGUGUGCUAUUCUUGUGACAUUGUGACUGGCUUAGCCUUUCUUCACACACAGGGCAUUGUGCACUUGGACCUGAAGCCUGCAAAUGUCUUCAUCACUGAGCAGGGAGUGUGCAAGAUUGGAGACUUUGGGUGCUCCCAGAAGCUGGAGGAGGGCUUGUCCCAGAGCCCCCAUGUUUGCCAGCAGGGGGGCACGUACACACACCGUGCCCCUGAGCUCCUCAAGGGUGAGAGGGUCACUGCCAAAGCAGACAUCUACUCGUUUGGCAUCACCCUCUGGCAGAUUGUCAUGCGGGAGCAGCCCUACCUGGGCGAGCGGCAGUACGUGCUCUACGCUGUGGUAGCCUACAACUUGCGCCCUUCGCUGGCUGCUGCCGUUUUCCAUGAGUCACCAGUGGGACAGAGACUGCAGAGCAUUAUCAGCUGCUGCUGGAAGGCUGAUGUAGAGGAGCGCCUAAGCGCAGCCCAGCUGCUUCUCAACCUGAAGGCCCUCAAGCAGAGCCUCUAGGAAAACUAGGGACUGUUUCCUUUGCUGCUGGCCCCUCUUUCCCCCUGCCUUUUCUCUGAACAUGAUGAUUUAGCCCCUGUGUGAUCUAAAGGCUUUGUUGCUGUGUUUUAUCCUUAAAAAAGAAACUGUUUUGAUGUUUUGCUGUAAGAAGAUUAUAAAUAAAUACAUUUAUAAAAACCGUGGGGUUUUAGCAUGGAAGGGGAUAGAGGCAAGGAUCGAGAGCAACUCUGGCUUUCUCUGGUUGACCUGUUGUGUGCUUCCUUGCUCAGGGAGAAAAUGGGGAAUGUGAUGUGCAGAGAAAUAGCUGUUUUCAAAUAAGUAUAAAAAAGGGGCUUCUUCUGGAAGGUUCUUUGUAUUUAAUGCCUUUUGGUAUUUCCAAAAUGUCAGCUAUGAGUAGUUCUUUGCUAGGUUUGUGUGUUUGAGCUUUUCCUCUUCAUUUACCAAGGAAUGAGUAUGCAUCACAAAUCAAUGAAUACAGAAAAAGAAGUACAGAGUGUCAGUGGGUUUUCUUCUUGUUCUUGGA